AUGCCAAUUGAUGAGCAUAGAUUUGAUCUUUUAGAAAUCAUUGAAAAAAGAGACAACAAUUAUUUCUUAUACAUAACUCAAAAUAUUGAAUUUGAUUUGACUCAAUUAAGGUUUGAAAAAGGAUUCAGGCUUAAAAAUGAUGGCUCCAUAACAAGUGCGACUGCUCGAGCAUUCAAAAUUAAUUUAGAUAAGAUUAGUAUAGAUGCAAAAGAAGAACAUUAUGACAAAAAUAUAUAUGCAACCACGAAACAACCGCAGAAUGUAAACGACCUCUCAUAUUUGAUACAUAAAUGUGAACGGAUAGUAAAAGGUUCACUAACUAUUCCAAAUAAAAAUAUCAUCGUAGAAAAAAAUUUCAUUAAAGAAAUUAAGGAAGUGUUGAAAGAUAAAACUAAUGAUAAAAUGAGUAAGCUUCAUAAAGUAAAAGUUACUAGUGCACAAAUUAGUGUCGGAAUUGCCACAAAUAGUCUAAAUUCAAGAGUCAAUGCUGCUCAUAUACACGAGAACACAUGUAGUAAUCAUAAACACAAUACAAAUAAUGUUGAAUCAAUUAUUGGUGGAACAAAUUAUUCUCAAGAUGAUGAAAAUUCUUGGAGGCAAUCUCUUAAUGAUCCAACUACGUGGAAAAUAAUUGGAUACGAAGAAGUUUAUUCAUUAUUUGAAUUGUUAGAUAAUGAAUUGAAAAAAAAAGUGUUAGACGUCGUGGGUCAUCAAAUUUUAGAAGUUGAUGAAAUCCCUUUCAACAUAAGGGAAUAUGAAAAAAGUAAGAAACCAUAUAUUCACAAAUUGUUAAUAACUAAUAAGAUGAUAAAUGUUAGUGAAUGUAAUAUUCUUGCAUCAAUUGUGAGUGAGGAAAACAAUGUAUUUUCACUGCACGUGGAAUAUAUUAAAAAUCGUCCAGUUAUUGUUAUUCAUCAUAUACAAGGUGAAAAGACUAAAUUAUUUAGUAAUAAAGUUACAAUUAAGCUUGGAUGGAUCACCAUUGGGCCACCAAUAGGAUUCGAUUUUGGUAUCCAAUGUCCACUAGUACUCAAAAGUGGGAAAUACCAGGCUCUUGGAGAUAAAGAUUAUCAUAUAAUAAACAAUUGUGGCAUUUUUAGCACUUGCGCCUUAGAAGCAACUAAUAUUACUCCUCAAGUAAGAAGUAGUUCAGAUAUAAGAACAGCUACUUACCGUCAAAUACCUGACAACCCAAAAGAAUCACCAUAUGUUAUUGGUAAUUACCUUACGUCCGCAUGUCGAGAGUCUACAUGGUUGUUGGUUUAUGACAUUAAAGCUAAAAAAAAAGUAACUGAUGAAGAAGUCUUGAAAAGAUUGGCUUUAUACAGUUGGUAA